AAAGAGAUUUUGAUAAAAUUAAAAGUGUUGGGACUCAAUUUUGACGAAUAAAAGUGGAAGGACUCAAUUUAAAAAGGGUGACAAUUUAAAAUCCUUUUGUAAUGAGCAAGCAAAUUAAGCGCCUGUUCCGCUAUCAAGUAACCGCCAACCACAACAAAACAAGACGUGUAAAACAAGUAAUCCCCCAAACCAACCGCUACUCUGAACUUCAACACAUUUUCUUUCAUGUCUCCACUCACAAAAAUAACUAAAAACAACUACAAAAAUGGCUCCCAAUGUUUCAGGAACAAGUUCUUCACUCAUUUUCAUAAUACUCCCACUCUUAUUAGUUUCUGCAACACUUUGUGCAACCGUUGUUGAAGAUCUUGCCACCUUAAAACCGCCUCCAGAUUUCAACACCACACUCAACAAUAACUGUCUCCAUAACCCUUCUCUUAGAUACUGUAAUUUCUCACUUAUAGACCUUAAUGACAUUUUCAAGUCCACCAUAGUUGCUUCUCAUCUCUGUAAUGAGUCGAAGAACCCGCAUUGUGUUGAUUCUUUCCCGAAAAUUGAUCUCAGAAACCGUCCCAAGAUUGCUCCGCUGUAUUUGUCUUUCAGUUUCUUUUGGAAAUAUUGUCCUUUGAGUGUAUUGUCGGUUGAUUUGUCGAAUAAUUCUUUAACGGGUGGUUUUCCGGUGGAUGUUCUGCUGUGUACGCAAAUUCAGGCUCUCGAUUUGAGUGUUAAUUCUCUUGCUGGUGAUGUUCCUGUUGAGAGUUUUAGUCAUCUUGCCAAUCUUACAUUUCUGAAUCUGUCUUAUAAUUCUUUUUCUGAGAGUAGAAUUUCGAAUUCGGAGUUCUUUCAGCGGUUUAAUGCUUCGAGUUUUAUACAUUCUGGACUCGUUCCGAGUCAUAGAAACUAUAGACUGAAGGCUGUGUUUCUGUUAAUUGGUUUCCCAGCAUUUGUGAUUCUGAUGGUUGUCUGUUUUGGAUGGCUGUGUUUGCGAAGGCCAGAUUACUUACCGAGAAUGCUUCGGAAAAAGCAUAGGUUCACACCGGCAAUGAUCAAGGCAGCAACCAAUCAGUUUUCAAGGAAGAAUUUGGUGGUGAAGGGUGAUGGAAUGGAGAUAUACAGAGGAUCUCUUCGUGACAGAAGCAAGGUCCGGAUGGAAAUUUAUAUGGAUAACAUUUCUAGGGAAAAUAGUCGAAGAUUUAUCGAGGAGUGUAAGGUUCUUGUUCAACUAAGCCACAAGAACCUAGUGCAAGUGGUUGGUUGGUGCAAUGAUAGAAAAAUGAGAGCAGUUGUUGCAGAAUGGAUAGACGGAGAUAAUGUCGAGAUAUGGCUGUCAGGAUCCACUCCUCCCUGGAAGCACCGGUUAAAAAUUCUGAUGGGAGUUGUGGAAGGGAUAUGUUACCUUCAGGAACAAUGGCCUGAUGUAGGGGUUGACCUCAGGACUAGCAGUGUACUGCUAUCUAACAAAUUGGAGCCACUCAUUUCAAGGUUUAAGGUUGGAGUUCAUAACAGUAACACAAAAAGCAUUUACAAGUUCGGAGUAUUUAUGUUGGAGAUAAUAACAAACAGGCGACCACAAGAGGAAUUCGAGAAGGGUGAAGCUGGAUUUAUAGAGUACAUUAGAAUGAACUAUCCUGGAAAUUUGCGUGGCGUGAUAGAUGUGAGAAUGAAAUUAUCAGAAGAUAUGUUUGAUCAGGCAAAACAUGGAAUAGGACUAGGGUUGAUGUGCACUGAUCAAUCGACAAGUAAAUAUCCGAGCUUCAAUCAGAUAUACAGCAUGCUAACUAGAACGUACCAGUGUUGUUUGGUCUUAGCAUCACAAGGUCAUAGAAGAGCUCAUGGAAAUGGAGACAGACGGCAUAACAGUGCUCUAUCCAAAUGAACUGACAAUUCAUAUGCACCUGUAACACUGAUUAUAUUGCAGAUUAAUUAGAAAUGAGUAGACAUAUUUUAUUGGCAACAACUAAUAACAGGCAGUUCAUUUUGUUUUUCUCCAUUCAAAAGUAAAAUGCAAUUGAGCAAACACCGACAUGGCUGCCUUGUAAUGUACAUCUGGUUUCAACGGGAAAGUAGAGCUCCCGUUGCAUAAAUCUUAUAAACUUAAUGCACGACUGUUCUUCAUCUGAUUA